CGUCGCGGACGAGACAAGAGGCCGCGCGUCUCGCUUAACUUAAAAUAAAAUAAAAUUUAGUGCUACAAGCUACAAGUUAAUAACAUGGCAGUUCCAGCUAAUAUUCAGGGAGAGGUUCUGUCUUUGAUACAUCAGUUUAUGCUGGGUGUGGAUAAAUCGUUGGCCGCAGAAAUAUUGAAGAAAACUAAAGCGAAACCGCGUGCUAAAAACCUACCAACACUGCUGGAUAUAUUCACGGAAUAUAAGAAAAAGGCGUCGGAAGUCAAAAAAGCAGCAGAAAGCUCCUCUGAUGACUCAAGUGAUGAUGAAGCACAAAAGAAACCAGCAGCAAAGCCAGUGUUGAAUGGCAAAACGCCCGCUCAAAAGAAGCAGGAGUCCUCAGAUUCAGACAGCUCUGAGGAGGAGCAGAAACCAGCACAGAAAGCUAAGGCCGCAGCCAAACCUGCAGCCAAGCCUGCGGCCAAGAAAGCAGAGUCAUCAGAUGACAGUGACAGUAGUGAAGAUGCCACAGCACAACCCAAGAAGCAACCAGUCAAGCCACAAGUUAACAAUGUACCUAAACCAGCUGCCAAGAAACAGGAAUCAUCCGAUGACUCAAGUGAUGAAGAUGAGAAGCCUGCACCAAAGGCAGCUCCGGCGAAACCUGCACCUAAACCCACCCCGGCCAAGAAACAAGAGUCUUCUUCUGAUGACAGUGACAGUGAGGAUGAAAAACCGAAACAGGCUGCUAAGGCACCAGCUAAACCUGCAGCGAAAGCACCGGCCAAGAAAGAAUCCUCAUCUGACGAUGACUCAAGCGAUGAUGACAAGCCCAAGCAGACUGCCAAGACUCCUGUAAAAACACCCGCUAAGCCUGCCAAAAAACCAGCAUCUUCAUCUGACGAUUCUAGCGAAGAUGAAAAGCCUAAACAAGCAGCAAAAACACUUGUGAAGACCCCGGUUAAGCCUGCUGCAGCUAAAAAGGCACAGUCCUCUUCUGACGAUGAUAGCAGUGAGGAUGAAAAGCCCAAGCAAGCUGCUAAAGCUCCAGUUAAGGCUCCAGCCAAGCCUACACCAGCCAAAAAAGCCGAGUCUUCAUCCGAUGAUAGUAGUGAAGAUGAAAAACCCAAACCGGCUGCUAAAGCAGUGAAACCUACACCAGCCAAGAAGGCGGAAUCUUCAUCCGAAAGUGACAGUAGCGAAGAUGAAAAACCAAAGCAAGCCGCAAAGACCCCAGUUAAGACACCAGUGAAACCUGCUGCCAAAAAAGCGGAAUCUUCAUCAGACGAAGAUAGCAGUGAAGAUGAAAAACCAAAAGCCAUUCAGAAACCUAAGGUGACUCCGGCUAAACCUUUAGCUAAAGCUGCUAAGAAAGAAUCUUCAUCGGAUGAUGAUAGCAGUGAAGACGAAAAACCUACAAAGAAGGCUCCAGCUAAACCCGCUGCCCCAGCUAAGAAGGAUUCAUCUGAUUCCGAUAGUGACUCUAGUGAAGAUGAGAAACCUGCAGCUAAGAAGACACCAGCGAAGGCCCCGGCUAAGAAACAGGAAUCGUCUUCUGACGAUUCAGAGGAGGAUGAACCGCCUAAGAAGAAGUCAUUCAAUCAGGAUGAAAGCAUGGACACAUCUCAACAGGGCAACCGUAAGAGAAAAGCGUCGGGCAGUGAGGCUACUCCAGCAAAGAAGCCGUACAAUAAUUUUGUAAAGGGCACAUCAGCCAACACUUCCACGCCCAGCGAUAAUAACAAUAAACCCACUCCGUUCCGUCGCGUGGUCGCUGAGAAAGUGGAAGUCGACCAUAGGCUUAAGGACAAUUCGUUCGACGCUAAGAGCGGCGCCCGCGGCUCUUGGGGCGAGCGAGCGAACCAGGACCUGCGGCACACGCGCGGCAAGUCCUUCAAGCACGAGAAGACCAAGAAGAAGCGCGGCUCUUACCGCGGCGGCGCCAUAGACACCGGCGUGCACUCCAUCAAGUUUGACGAUUGACCGACCAGACACUACUCAAAUAUUAAGCAGCCAGUUUGACCAAACAAACGGUGGCAUAAAAAUGUUGAGCAUGACUGAUUGUAACAAGAAAUAAGGUCCAAAAGAGUAUUAACUCUUACCUUUGCAAUAAAGCUUAAGUUGUUAACAAUGUUUGUGAACGAUGAUAUUAUCUAUUAUUUUAUCUACUCGUCGACCGUAAUGGUUGAAUUAAGAUUUCGUAUACCAAACUGUAAUUGGGUACUUUUCAUGUAUGGGCUCCCAACUCAACUAUAAUAUUCAUUUCGAUACGGUUUAGUCAACUAUAAUGAAAUUGACCAAUCCCAGCUCGCCAAAAUCGAGAAAAAGAUUGUUUAAAAAUUGAAUUUAGCGCGGAGCAAGUACCAGGACCUCAUGAGUUACGAAAAGGUGUCGUUGACCAGCCCGGCGACCGGGGCGCGUACGAGUAUGAGAGUAUCGCGGUUGCUCGCGUAUCUUAGCUGAAUACUUUUGUUUUGUUUACCUAUAUGAUUCUACUAGUUUAAAGUAUUAUUUUUGUUGACUCGUAGAAAAAAUAUUGUAUACAAUAGUGAUAUAAUCAAGCUUUUCAAUCUCGUACCUGACUUAGGCAACUCAGCAAGAUUCGUUGCCUAAACACGGUACUCGACUGAAAAGCUCUUCAUUCACGAUUGUAUAAAAUACUAUUUACAAGCUAUGGAAUAGUUCUGUUAUUUUCGCAUUAACAGCCUCAUGGUCGGUGGUCGGAUGUCACUUAUUCUGUGGAUGCUCAACAUUUUUGUGUUCACUGUAACUAAAUAAGCGCCACUUGCACAAUCCCACUAACCCGGGGUUAAGUGGUUAAAUCGUUAACCCAGUGUCAAAUUGUCCAGUAACCAUGGUAACUCCAGGUUUAACCGGUUAACACCGGGUUAGUGGGGUGGUGCAAGUGGCCCUAAAUGUGUAUUUUUGAGGUCUAAAAAGGUUAACAAUUCCCAACAUUGUUGACAAAUAUUGAUUAUAAGAUUGAAAGGUGAUUGAUUUCAACCGUCUAAAAUUUAAAAAGUCUAACGUAGAGCUCAUGCAUUUAUUGCAAGUUAAAUAGCAACAGUUAUAUGAUAAUGCCAUGAAGUAUUUCAUAGUAUUCAAUGGACAUACCACAAAUAUUGCAAAUAUAACAUUCUCUUUAUUUAAAUAAUGAAUAGCUCCCCAGUUACAUCUAGUUAUUAUUGAGCCUUCAGUGUAUAAAGUGUAAGUCUUAUUUCUUGAUGCAUUUUCCAUAAGUAAUAAUAUUUUAUCAAUAUUUUAGGUUUUGAGCCUAUCAAUUUUACUUUUUAAGGACUAUAUUUGAAUAUAAGUAAAAUUUGACACGCAUUGUUUGGGUGCGUAAUUAAAAUAAUUGGGUUAUGUGAUGAUGAUAACUUUCAAAGGAUCGUAUUUAAUGAGUAAAGAGAUAAUUAAAUACAACUUUAAAAAUAAAUACCAGUUUUAAAGUUAUCACAAUGUCUACCUACUUUGUUUUUGUAUAAUAUGGUGGUUUCAAUGUCUUAUUUUUGUUCUAAUAGACUAAUGAAACUUGUAAAUACGUUAUUAUAAGCUUCGUCGAUUCAUUUUCGAAAUUCUCGUUAAUUGUAGGUUAUAUAAUAGUCAUAAGAUAGUUGUUUUAUCUAGAUACAUAAGCCGCCUCUAAAUAAAAAAGGUUUUGACUAUAAA